CCCACCGCAGAGCUAAGACCCCAUAGAUUUAAAGAGAGGCAGCAUUCGGAGCCUGACGUUCAUUCAAUAAGCAGGCUUGUCUGUCUGGCGUGCUCUUUCGUUUCCCUCGUCUUCCUCCUGCCACUUGAGAGGUUGCGUCUUCUCUUUCCGCUGGAGGGAAAUAACUAAGGAUGUUAAAUCAGAGAAUCUUCCCGGGCAUGGUUUUUCUCCUGCUGUUUUUCUGCCACUUCAUGGAAGAUCAAACAGCACAGGCUGGGAAUUGCUGGCUCCGGCAAGCCAGGAACGGCCGCUGCCAGGUCCUCUACAAAAAUGGUCUCAGCAAGGAGGAGUGCUGUAAAACCGGCAGGCUUACCACUUCUUGGACCGAGGAGGACGUCAGCGAUCACGUGCUUUUCAAGUGGAUGAUUUUCAGCGGGGGUGCCCCGAACUGUAUCCCUUGCAAAGAAACCUGUGAGAACGUGGACUGUGGGCCUGGGAAGAAAUGCAAAAUGAACAAGAAGAACAAACCUCGGUGUGUCUGUGCUCCAGAUUGCUCUAAUAUCACAUGGAAGGGCCCGGUGUGUGGCUUGGAUGGGAAAACCUACAAGAAUGAGUGUGCCCUUCUGAAAGCCAGGUGUAAAGAGCAGCCUGAACUUGAAGUCCAGUACCAGGGCAGAUGCAAAAAGACCUGUAGGGAUGUUUUGUGCCCUGGCAGCUCCACGUGUGUGGUCGACCAAAACAAUAAUGCCAACUGUGUGACAUGCAAUCGGAUUUGCCCAGAGCCUACCUCCCCUGAACAGUAUCUCUGUGGGAACGACGGGAUCACAUAUGCAAGCGCUUGUCAUCUGAGGAAAGCGACCUGCCUGCUCGGAAGAUCCAUUGGUCUAGCCUACGAAGGAAAAUGUAUCAAGGCCAAAUCUUGCGAAGACAUCCAGUGCAGCACCGGGAAGAAAUGUUUGUGGGAUUUAAAAGUGGGCAGAGGCCGGUGUGCCCUCUGCGACGAGCUCUGUCCCGAAAGCAAAUCGGAUGAAGCUGUUUGUGCCAGCGAUAACACCACUUACCCAAGCGAAUGCGCUAUGAAGGAGGCAGCGUGUUCACUGGGUGUACUUUUGGAAGUAAAGCACCCAGGAUCUUGCAACUGAAUCUGCCAAAAAAACCUGAGCCAUUGAGUCUUCAGAACUUGCUGCAGUUAUGACUUCAUAGAUUAUGUAACACACACACACAUGCACACCAAAACUUUAUUGCGUAACAGCAGGUGCCAAAGCGCAUCUCACUACAAGCCACGGUUAAAAAAAAAAGAGAGUAAAAAUGCAACUCUCUACCAAGGCUAUGCAGGGGGCUUUGAAAACAUGCACUGAGCUGCUUCUGCGCUGUUGUUGUCCGUGUUUAAACAACAGCUCCCCUGUAUUCUCCCAUCUAGCCAUUAAUGAAGAUGCUGAGGAAGAAGAAGAAGACGACGACCAGGACUACAGCUUUCCUAUAUCUUCCAAUCUGUGGUAAAACUUCCAUCACUUUUGGAACAGCCAUUGGGCAAGAAAUACAAUGUCCAUACUGUACAUAAAUGUAUGCUUAUUUAUUUGGGGAAGAAAAAAGUAUACAUAUAGUUGAAUCUUGUAGACAUUUAUUUAUACUGUGUCAUGUUUUAUAAUUUAUACAUAAAAAAUGUCCGAUUGACUGUACACCUUUUUUUUUUUUGAAAGAAAUUUAAUCGUUAUGGGAUGAACAGUGUUAUUUAUUGUGAGGUCUCUUGCCUGUAUAGUAAAGCUUCUUCUUUUUUUUUCUUGUAAACUAUAAAUCCAU